UCUCCUGGGCCUUAUCGUGAUCGGUGAGAGGAGGACAUUUGGGAGAGGCCAUCUGUUGGAUCUACACGCACUCUCUUCGCUCAACUGAAAUGAGAAGCAGACUUGCUGUCUUCUCAGCCUGAGAAGUCCACUUGCAUCGGGGGGAAGAAGAUUAUGGAUAUGGACAUCUUCUUCAUUCUUGGACAUUUCACCAUGAAUGCUGCUGCAAUGUCAUUCAAGUGCUGCAACAUCAGACUAACUGGACCUGAGGUGCUCAUGGUGGCAUUCCGAGGAGAUGAGUGACAGUCUCGUGACUUUGGAAAGUGGGAAACUAUUUGCAAUGGAAACAGUUUAAAUGUAACCACGCAAACGCUAUGCCAUCCCUGCUGUGGAGCCUGAACAGGAGGACCUGGGCUACAGCGAGAGGGAGACUCCUCGUGCUCCUUUUUAUAAUCUGCAACCGCCAAAUAACAUGCUCAAUGCUCCAAAAUCUUAUAGCGAAGCGUACCGACUACUGGGAGGCCUGCAAUACAACCCUGACAUCAAGCACACUACCGACUACUGGAAUCUACUGCAGGGGAACCUUUGACACGUUUGUGUGCUGGCCACAUUCACGUCCUGGGAAUGUGUCGGUCCCCUGCCCCGCCUACUUACCGUGGAUCAACAAGGAUAAUUCCAGGAGGGCGCAUCGAGAAUGCUUGGAAAAUGGGAGAUGGCGACAGAAGCGGAAUUCCUCCGAGCCCUGGAGGGAUGACUCGGAAUGUCAGGGGGACCAUUACUUCAAAGAUAAGGAAGAGCAAAUGCUUCGGCAAACUGCCCUGCGGCUAAUCUCCGUUAUUGGCUACUCUCUGUCAUUGUCUUCCCUCACGUUAGCAACGCUCCUUAUGGCUAUGUUGAGGAAGCUCCACUGUACCAGGAACUACAUCCACAUGAAUUUGUUUGUGUCAUUCAUCCUGAGAGCCGUUGCUGUCAUUUCUAAGGAAAUUGUACUGUACAUUAUGUAUUCCAACCUACCCAAAGACGACCCUGGAUGGAACUCCUAUUCAAGUUCUACGAUAGCUCUCAUGUGCAAACUCUCCAAAGUGGCCAUGGAGUAUUUUGUGGCCUGUAACUACUUCUGGCUGUUGGUGGAAGCUAUUUUUCUGCACACGCUGCUAUUCACCGCUGUGAUGACCAAACGACGUCUGCUAAAGAAUUACAUGCUGUUAGGAUGGGGAACACCUCUCUUCUUUGUGACUCCAUGGACGGUUGUGAAGAUUUUAUAUGAAAACACAGAGUGCUGGUCCAUUGUGAACAGAUGGUUCUGGUGGAUAAUAAAAGGCCCCAUUACGUUAGCAGUGCUGAUCAUUUUCUUUAUAUUCAUCAAGAUUCUGCUGCUGCUGCUGUCCAAGCUGAGGGCGCAUCAGGUGAAAUUUACCGACUACAGAUACAGCUUAGCCAGAGCAACGCUGGUGCUGAUUCCACUGCUGGGAAUCCAUGAAGUUGUCUUCACAGUGCUCGUUGAUGAAUGUAUGACGGGGAGCAGUCGAUACGCUCGGGACUUUAUCAAUCUCACCAUCAGUUCUUUCCAGGGUUUCCUGGUUGGAGUGUUGUAUUGCUUCGCUAACGGAGAGGUUCAAGCUGAGCUAAAGAAGCGCUGGCAGAUUUUCACGGUCACCAACAACUUCCAGUUAAGGAGCUGUUUUCAGGGUGCGCCGCUCAAGCACCUUUGGAAGUGCACUCGAGGCCACGGCUCGCAGUGCCAGCGGAGGGGAUCCUGUGAGGAGGAUGGGACUCCCAUCAGGCUUCCUCACCUGCUUCAGGUUGCUGGCCAAGAGGGAGGUGGAGUGAAUAGACUAAAAGAGGUUAAAUGUCAUGGCGUGAAAGGAUGUGACGCAACAGGCCUCGCGCUGCUGACCCGGAAGAGCUUAUCUAGCAGCGACGGGGAAAUGACGCUCGGGGAGACCAUGGAGGAGAUUUUAGAGGAGAGCGAGUUUUGAAUGCACUUGGGUUCUUUAUCUAUUCAAACAUUUUCUACUGAUUAUACUGUUCAAGGUCGUGGGAGGUUGAGCCUUCCAAACUGACUUCAACUUGGACUGGUUUGUCAAUCACUGGGAAAAUAUGGAAAGACAACCAUUCAGAAUCACAUUUACACCGUCACUGAGUUGGGACCAAUCCCACACUGCCUGAAACUGAAGUCAACCACUUGGACACCAUGCAGUGACUCUGAUUCAGAAUCCUAAUCUACUCUAAUCUACUUUGUCAUUUAUUCACCAACACUUCUUUUUGUACAUAAGCACAUUUUAUAUUAAGUCAAUUUCUUAUUUUUUGUUGUAAACUGAAAGUAUUUGGGUUUGACAUCACCGCUACGAAUGUAGGUUUUUUUCAACUAUUCAAAAUCAACGUGCAGUUCAAAACCCAUCAACUGCAUACAGUAUAAUUGCCUAUUUCUAUUCAUUUGCAUUUAGCAUGUAAAAUAUAGCAUUGCUGUUUUUGCAGACCAUGUACUGUAUACGUAAAUAUCCAUAUGCCAAAACAUCUGGGUUGAAAUGGUCAUUAUGAAUACAAUGUAUUUGCUUUUUGGAUUGUGAUUAUAAACAAACGCAAAGUUUUGUACAGGCUUUUCAUGUUUCUAUUAAGUCGUUUUUUUUCAUGAAUGUUGUAGCACAGUGAAAAUAUGAAUUGUAUUUGCAGUCCAGCUAUGGAAUAUGUAUGCACAAAUUAAAA